AUGGCAAGCUUUCUUACCGAUGUGUCCAUACUUCCCAACGCUUGUAUAAAGUUAACAGCAAUGAAAAUAUUCGGCAGACACAUGCCUCAAGCCGUCCCUUAUUGUCAAUCGCACCUCAUCCAAUUUGUUGAUGCGGAAAUCGACUUGAUCAUUUCUCUUCUCAAACACCUGCCAGCUGAUUUCCAAACCUGUAUGUAUGACAUGCGCAGAGAAGACCAUGUGACACUUUAUUCCUUGAUUAUACUCCGACUCUGCCAACAGUCGCAUAAUCUUUCAAAUGGCAUUCAGCUAGCUGACGGAGUCUAUGUCUUCACAGAGCAAGCUAUGUCAGAUCUCGGCCUGAACGUGACAAGCCGUAAGGUUAUCAGAAUCCUCAUCGCCAGUCUUCGACGGUCACGUUUGCAUCGUUCUGAAUUUCUCUGUCUAUUUUACCUCCUGGCUCUCGACAAAAGACUCGCAGAAAAUCGCCAUGAAUUUGACGUGAGGUAUCUUUGUCUGUUAAGACUUCUUCAAACAUAUUUGGAACGACAUAUAAGGGAGAGGUCUGUUAGAGAAGAAAGAAUCAAAUUAAUUCUCACGAUUAAGGAAACUGUGGAACUCUUCGGCUGGUAUUUCUUCGAUAACGUUGUGAGGCUUCGAAAGAGAAUUGAUUCGAGAUUACGUACGUUUGGGUAG